AUGCGCCUGGCCGAAAAGUUUGUAAACAACGUUUACAAACUUUUGACAUUUUUAGCGUGCACGAAUGCGUCUGGUGAUCAUAAAAUAAGACCUCUUGUUAUUGGAAAGUCAAAAAAUCCACGUUGCCUGAAAAAUAAACGCAUUCCUGUAGAUUAUGAUUCUUCAAAAUCAGCUUGGAUGACUUGCUCAAUUUUCAAAACAUGGUUCGACACAAAAUUUAUUCCUCAAGUGAGAUGCUACCUUGAACACAAAGGUCUUCGUAAAACAGCUCUUCUUUUGCUUGACAAUGCUCCAAGUCAUCCACCUGAAGAUGAACUCAUAAGUGAUGAUGGUCAAAUCAUUACAAUGUUUAUGCCGCCUAAUGUUACUGCCCUAAUCCAACCUAUGGACCAAAACUGUAUUAGAAUCACAAAAUUGAAAUACAGAAAUCUACUUCUGUCCCACAUAAUCGCAAAUAAGGCUGAAGAUUUAGAAUUUAUAUUGAAAAAAUUUAACCUUCGUAAUGCUGUUACAAACUUAUCGAAAGUUUGGGAAAGUUUAGAACCUGUAAUGACAGCUAAGUGUUGGAAAAAAAUUCUUUCUACUUCUUUCGAUAAUGAAUAUGAUUCUGAAGAUGAAAUCCCAUUAAUAAAUUUAAAAUCCCAAAUGUUUUCAGAUCAGGAAAUGAACAUUACAAAAUCAUUAUUUCAGAAGAUUUGUCCAAAUGCCAACUUAUCAUCAAAAGAUAUUUAUACGUGGAAUGAAGAUGUAAACUUAGAUGAUGAAACUCCUGCUGUUGAAAUUGAAUCUGAUGAUACUGACGUAUCUGAAGAGGUAGUAGAAGUUCAAACUAAAAUGAGUCAUUCUGAUGGAAUCAAAGCCAUCAACGACUGUUUGAAAUACGCAUUAGAAAAUCGUGCAACAAACGAAGAAAUUUCCGUUUUGAAAAAUAUUCGAAAACAGCUCUUUUGGAGCAAAAUUCUUUGUUAA